AUGACAUCAAGAUUUGGUAAAACCUACAGCCGCAAGGGAGGAGAGGGCACGUCUAAGUUUGACGAAGUGGUGUCUACCAAAAGGGGCACUCUGAGCACAAAAUGGGGUGACACCACCUACAAGGCCAAGGUGGGCUGCAAGCGUGCCGGCCCCCCGAAGGGUUCCUCGGCUCCGGACAAUCACAAAAGAGCUAGGAGCAGCGGGGAUGGUUCAGACGACCCGUUUGGCUUUGACAGCGACGAGGAAUCCAAACCGGUGUCUUCUCGCAGCAAGUCGUCACCUGCCAAGGCGCUGUUGACAGAACCCCCAAGGGCGGAGAAGCUGGGGGUCUCCUUUGAGUCUAGAAACUGGUCCAGCUUUCAUGAGGGACUCAACUCCUCCCCACAAGAGAUGUUGUGGCCGGGCAGGACAGAAAAUUCUGGUCUGGUCUUCAACAGCAGCAAUGCCGACAAAAGAAAACCCCAGAGCUCCUCACCGUCUUUGGAGAAGCAACACAGCUACGCGUGGUACCAGAACGCCUCAGAGAGUGAUAAAAAGCCUUUGGCGCAGACCACCACCUUGAAAACAUCCGCUAAGGCUGAGUCCACCUACAGCUCGUGGGACACCCUCAUGGGUUUCCGACCGCCUUUGCCCAUCCAGGAGCCACGGGAUCCCGCCCCCACGCUUUCUUGGACUUUGUCGGGCAAUAAACUGCCCUCGCCACCUCGACUGCAGAACCCCGCAGAAAGCCAUGAUCCGGACGGCGAUUUCGGCUUCGAGAUGGCUGAUUACUGCCGGACGCCGGCGUCUUCGUUGUCUGAGCGGAACUCUAAAUGUCGGACUUAUCACAGACCAGGCAAACAGACCAAAGCAUCGGACUGCAGCAUUUUAGCUUCAGAUUCGCUUACGUUGGUGUCCGGUGUCGGCGACAAGAAGGUGUGCGACGGACUGACGAGAGACUACACCGUGCUACACCCUUCUUCCGCUUCCAUGUGUAACGUCACCAAUCAGGCGGGUGGCGUGGAAGUUUAUAACACUUCAGCCGCUCCUGUGAGCGGUACUUGCGCCCCUAAGAGUAGCGGUGCCGCAGAGCAUCUCGCAGUUGGGUGGCAGCGGAAGAAGGCCGAGCAACAGCACAGCAGGUUCUCUCAGAACCAGUCCAGAUUAAUGAAGGAAACCAAAGCGGACCUGUUUGGUUUCGAAGACGUUGACACCCAUCAGGAUAACGAAGACGACGAGGACUGCGGGUCCAAAUACAAAAUCCAAUACUUUGGUUUCGACGACAAUAGCGACAGUGACGGAACUAGCGCCAUGGACCACGACGACCGCAGGCCAAAAGCGAGAAUAAGGGCCAAGAUGGCUGCGGUUGCCGAGGAGACGCCACUGGUGGCCGAGGAGGACUUGAACGAACCCAUCAGGGACUGUGAGGCUUUUGAGAGGAGCACCACAGAGUGGACCAAUAAAUACUCUGAAAGGCAGAACAACAGAAUACAAACAGAGCCCACUCGUCAGCUCUUGGACUGUGCCAUACUGGACUUUACUGAGGACGAUCUCAGGGUGGUAGCUGCUGGGCCCAGGAAGCCCCCUCAGGGGAAGCCAGCCGACAAAAACCAGGACACCCAUAGGAGGAUCUUCAGUGCACAAAAGAAGUCUCCCACCAAAGCUGUGUACAACGCCCGCCACUGGACACUGGAUAGUGAAGAGGAGCCCAUUCCUUCCUUCAUGUCCCGACCGCAGACGAAUCCCGCGCCGCGGUCCUCAGGAGGAUUGCCUGCCGAUGAGCCGUCGGGAGCGCAGAAAAAUGACACCGUGUUCAAGGCCCCGCCCCCUCCUCCUACGGUCACCAAGUUUGUCAGUGUCCCCACUGACCCCGACCAGGACACAGUUACUGCGCUUAAGUGUCGCAAAGAACACAAAGAGCUGUACACGGUGGUACAGCAUGUCAAGCACUUUAAUGACGUGGUGGAGUUUGGCGAAAACCAAGAGUUCACCGACGACUUUGAGUACCUGGCGACCGGUCUGAAGAGUGGACAACCGCUCAACACUCGCUGCCUGAGUGUGAUCAGCCUGGCGACACGUUGUGCCAUGCCCAGCUUCAGAAUGCACCUCAGGGCGCGAGGGAAGGUGGCACAGGUCUUCAAAACUCUCAAUGACGCCCCACAGCAUCAUAACCUGGCCAUGUGCACUGCCUCGCUUAUGUACAUUCUCAGUCGUGACCGACUCAACAUGGAUCUGGACCGCUCCUGUCUGGACCUAAUGAUCCGUUUGCUGGAGCUGGACCAGGACCAAAGCGGCAAUAGCGGCGUGGUGGACUCGGGCCCGCAGCUGAGCGCCAGGGAGAUUUGUAAGAUGAAGGAGAAGAUCCGCAAGCUGUGCGACACAGUGCACAACAAGCACCUGGACCUGAAGAACAUUACGACUGGUCACCUGGCCAUGGAGACGUUGCUGUCACUGACAUCGAAGCGAGCCGGUGACUGGUUCAAGGAGGAGUUGCGACUCUUGGGAGGACUAGACCAUAUUGUUGAUAAAGUGAAAGAGUGUGUCAAACACUUGAACCAGGAGGACGACAAGGACAAGCUGGUGUCGUCCUUGUGGGGAGCUGAGAGAUGUUUACGCGUGCUGGAUAGUGUGACUGUGCACAAUGCAGAGAAUCAGAGCUACUUGAUAGCUUACAAAGACUCAUCACUCAUCAUUUCCUGUGCAAAGGCACUGAGGCGCUGCGAGGAAAUGAUUCAAUGCUACAGCGUGGAAGGGAUCAGCGCACCAGUGAGCACAGAAUGCGGCUCCGUUGUGGCCAAAGCAGUGGAGAACUGUAUGAGGGCCAUCAUUGGCGUUCUCCUCAGCCUGACGCAUGACAACGAGUGGGGCAGCACCAAAACGGGUGAGCAGGACAACUUGAUCACGACAGCGCUUAACUGCGUUCUUAGAGUUCCUCAGUAUUUUCCUCAGGAGAAGAGGUUCGACAUUCGCGUUCUGGGUCUCGGCCUGCUGAUCAACCUGGUAGAAUACAGCGCCAGGAACCGCUACUGCCUAAUGGAAAUGGAGAUGGAUGGAGGUCAGGGUCCCUGUGAAUCCACUGUGCUCCUCAUGCCUCCGCACCAGCAGGAUGUCAUUAUUAAUGAUGUCAGCGGUCCUCUCAGCGCCAUCGCCGCAUUGGUGCAAUUGUUCCUACAGCGCGAGCGAGCGGCCGUCCUGGCUGAGGCGCAGACUGACGACCUCAUCAAAGAGCCGGCCAAACCCGCCGACAAGAGCGGCGAGUGGCGGGAGACAGGCGGCGAGAUCCAGUGGGUGGCCAACGAUAACCACUGUGACAAUGACGCCAAAGAGAAGAAGGAGGAGGAGGAGGACGGCGAGCUGGACCUUAACAAAGCUCUGCAGCACGCAGGCAAGCACAUGGAGGACAGCAUCGUGGCGUCAUACACGGCUCUGCUGCUGGGUUGCCUCUGCCAAGGAAGCCCGAUGAAUGUGACUACUGUGAGAGAGAACUUGCCUCAGGGGGAUUUCUCCAUCAUGACGGAGAUGCUCAAGAAGUUCCUCAAUUUCAUGAACCUCACAUGUGAUGUUGGCACUGCAGGACAGAAAUCCAUAUCCAGGGUCAUCGACUAUCUGGAGCACUGCUAG